AGUGUUGUGAGGUACAAGGUGGGAGGAGCAGCCGUGGUACACACCAGUUGACUACAGACACCAGGUGUGGACGUACGCUCUCUCCUCUUCCCUCCUCUUUAACUACCACUAUGAGUCGCGCUACGAAGUCAGGACUUGCUGCUGAGGCCCAGUCCAAGGUUGAGGCAAAGUACAGUGAAGAGCAGGCUGCAGAGUGCUUGGAGUGGAUUGCCACUAUUACUGAGCAAGAGUUUGACAAGUCAGGCGCUGCAGACAAUUUCUAUGAGAUUCUCAAGGAUGGGACACUGCUCUGCGAAGUAAUAAAUGCCCUAAAGCCUGGCCAAAUAAAGAAAAUUCAAAGAUCUACCAUGGCAUUUAAGUGCAUGGAAAAUAUCAACCAGUUUGUGGAUGGUGCAAAGGCAUGUGGUGUCCCAUCUCAGGAAACCUUCCAGACUGUUGACCUUUGGGAGCGCCAAAAUCUUAAUUCUGUAGUAAUUUGCAUCUUGUCACUCGGAAGGAAGGGAGCUCAGUUUGGGAAGCCUUCCAUUGGCCCUAAGGAAGCAGAGAAAAAUGUUCGGCAAUUCAGCGAAGAGCAGCUUCGAGCCUCUGACACGGUGAUCAGCCUCCAGUAUGGUUCUAAUAAGGGUGCAAACCAGACAGGAAUGUCCUUUGGCAAUACCCGCCAUAUGUAAAUGGAGGUCACACAUAACUGACCUACACCAUUUAAAAUUAGCUUUAGGUUUUCUUUUGGAAUGCAAAAUGUGUAUACAGUGUAUAUAUACAUAAAUUGUAUACACAGCAAUUUCCACUUGUUUGACAUUCUUGUAUUUUGGAGUACUUAUUUUGUUUGAAAAUUUUAACUAGGCAUAAAUUACUACUAUAAUUUUAAUUUUCAGGUACAAUAUUUUGAAUCUAGAUAUGCUCCAAAAUAAUGCAUUUUAAGAAUAUUUAAAUUUCUCUAGGCAUAAUUUUUUUUUUAACUAAAAGAAUUUACUUUAUUUUACUUCUCUGAUAUUUAUCUCUGACCAUGAAUUCAUGAGAAAUUAAUGUUGUAUGAAUGUACAUAUGUAUAUACAUGCAUGUACAUGCACACAAUAGAAAUUACAAAUGUACCCACAUUGCAUUAGCAAUGUAUUCAUUGAAAAAAAUUCAGCUGGUAUAAAGGCUGUAGAGGCAUUUUAGUGCAUGAUUAUACAGCUUGUGUACUGGUGUGCCCCUAAAGCCUUGAGGGUUGCCAUUUGGUCUUUAAUAAGGCUUAUUUCCAAUGCUGAUGUCUUGUCUUGAAGGUUUCUAAUACUUAAAUACAAUAGUUAUAUUUUUACAGGUGCAUCAAAGAGUACAUAAUGUAAUCUGAUAAUUGGUAGCUGUAAUUAGAACUAGGGUUCAAAGUUGCUUGCUCUUUUAGUUUUGCCAAAAAAUCAUAACCUAGCUGUGGCUAGGAUAAUCUUGAAGAGACAAUAAAGUAAGUUAGUGGCAACUGGAGUUAGUAUUUAGUUUUUUUUAAUAUGUACUUUCCAAGUGUUUUCAUAUUAAAAAAUGUAUUUAAUAAUUUAUGAUCUAUCUUCACACUUCUCUGUUGACUCAUAGUGAUUAUGGAUAAAAAAAAGAUUGAAUCUCACUUUGUCAACUGGAAAAAAAAAAAAAUCUAAAUUUUUCCAGAGGUUAUAAAUUUUGUAAAAUUAACUUUCUUUGUGCUGUCACAUUCCAAGUUCAUAAAUUUUGUAUGAAAAUAAAUUUUUCUUAAUAAA